AUGUCUCUCAAGCAGGAAAUAGAAACGUGGGUGUCGGCCUUGAGCCGAUACGAUAACAAUGAGUUCGAGGAGGCAUUGAAGGAGUUCGACAACAUCUCGGAUACGUCCAAGAUCUUGUUUAAUAUGGGUGUUAUACAUGCGACUCUAGGAGAGCACGAGAAAGCUGUCGAAUGCUACCAGAGAGCGAUCCGGCUAGACCAAUAUCUCGCCGUGGCCUAUUUCCAGCAGGGCGUGUCCAACUUCCUGCUGGGCGACUUCGAAGAAGCACUGGCGAAUUUCAACGACACGCUGCUAUACCUGCGAGGCAAUACGAUGAUCGACUACGCGCAACUGGGCCUUCUGUUCAAACUCUACUCCUGCGAGGUGCUGUUCAACCGAGGUCUCUGCUAUAUCUACCUACAACAGAAGGAGGCGGGUCUGCAGGAUUUGAAUUUCGCGGUGAAGGAAAAGGUCGUCGAGGAUCACAACGUCAUCGACGAAGCUAUUAGGGAAGAGGCCGAGGGCUACACCGUAUUCUCCAUCCCCGUGGGAGUCGUAUACCGACCGAACGAAGCCAAGGUGCGAAACUUGAAGACGAAAGAUUACCUCGGGAAAGCCCGCCUGGUGGCCGCGUCCGACAGGUCCAACGCGUUUACCGGGUUCGCCGGGUCGGAAAUCAAGAACGCCGGCAGGGCAGCGGAGAAGGACGACCGUCCCGCGGACAACAUCUCGUUCGCGGCGACGAACCUGGUCAAGCCGGGCCUGCAGAGCAAGAGGCAGCAGUCGGAGCCUCCGACCAGCCGCAACGCGUUCCCCCCCACGCCGCCGCCCGAGAACGACAAGCCGUCGUCGGCGACGACGACGAUGAGCCGCGGUGCCUCGGUGCGCAACGGCCCCAAGCCGAUGCCCGCCAGGCUCAACAUCCCCGAGCCCGCGAAGAACCGGUACGACAAGAUGAGCUCGCCGCGCAGCGAGCGCAAGGCGCCCUCGCGCUCCGCGUCCGAGAUGCGGUCGCCGCCCAGGAGCUUCUCGCGGUCGGAGCGGGAGCAGCCGCGCAUGCGGCGCUCGAGGAACGAGGAGGACGGGUACCCGGAGGACGUGUACGACAUGUACGGGGGUGGUGGCGGCGGCGGCGGCGGAGGAGGCGUGGGACGGGGCCAGAGCCGACGGGCGCCGCGGUACAUCGAGGAGGAGGAAGAAGCGAGCGACUACGACUCGUUCGACGAGGGGGACUUCGAGAUGGUGUCGUCGAAUCGGCGGCCGGGGGGCACGUCGGUGGCGGGGUCGUCGCGGGGCGGGUCGCGGAGGCCCGAGAUCCGCAAGGUGCGGAUAAAGGUGCACGCGGAGGACGUGCGGUACGUGAUGGUCAGCACGACGAUCGAGUUCUCGGAGCUCGUGGACCGCAUCCGCGACAAGUUCGGCCUGCGCAGGCGCUUCAAGCUCAAGGUGCGCGACGAGGACGCGCCCCAGUCCUCCGAGAUGAUCACCAUGGGCGACCAGGACGAUCUGGACGUCGCGAUGAUGGGCGUCAAGCAGAUGGCGCGGAGGCAGAGGCUCGAUAUUGGCAAGUUGGAUAUGUGGGUCCAAGAGAUCUAG